GGGAAAUAGUGUGUGACCAUUUGCAAUCAAAUUCAUUUAAGGUGGAUGAGGGGAUGAUGAAGACACUAUUUGCCACAAGUGAUCCCAAUUCAAAAUCAAAUUUAAAGGAAACAGACCAGUGCCAACGUCUUCCUUCAUUGAGCCAAGAAAACAGCGUCUUUGACCGGAAGAAGUCACAGAGCAUUUUUAUUUUGUUGAAGGCACUAAAUGUCACUAUUGAAGAUAUAUGCAAAGCUCUCUUAGAAGGAAAACUUGAUGCUCUUGGGACUGAGCUUCUUGAGACCUUGAUGAAAAUGGUUCCAUCUAAAGAGGAGGAGCGUAAGCUUAAAGAGUAUAAAGACAACUCACCAUUCAAACUCGGACCGGCUGAGAAAUUUCUCAAGGCAUUGCUCGACAUACCUUUCGCAUUCAAAAGGAUACAAGCAAUGCUCUACAUUUCCAAUUUCGACUCUGAGAUAAAUCAUCUCAAAAGGUCGUUUGAAAUUCUUGAGUUGGCUUGUGAAGAUUUGAGGAGCAGCAGGAUGUUCUUGAAGCUUCUGGAGGCAGUUCUGAAGACUGGGAACCGGAUGACUGGGGGGACAGCCUGCAGAGAUGUACACGUGUUUAAGCUUGACACACUUCUCAAGCUCGUUGAUGUCAUGGGGGCUGAUGGAAAGACCAGUCUCUUGCAUUUUGUUGUUCAGGAGUUAAUAGGAAGUGAAGGCGCUCGUGUAUCUACAUCAAACCAACAUGAAAAGAUGUCCUUCAGUGAUGAUACCAUGUUCCACCAGAGGAUUGGCCUCCAGGCUGUCUCUAGACUCAGUUCAGAGCUUAAAAAUGUGAAGAAAGCUGCCAACAUUGAUUCAGAUGUCCUCCACGGUGAUGUCUUAAAGCUUUCGAAAGGGUUUGAUGACAUUGUAGAGUUUUUACUAUUGGAUAAAAGUAGUUGCGCUCCUAAGUUUUCAGAAUCACUGAGCAUGUUCGCAAAAAUGGCGGAGGAGGAAAUUAUAAGGAUCCGAGCACAGGAAAGUGUGGCUAUAUCUCUAGUGAAGGAGAUAAUUGAAUACUUCCAUGGAAAUUCAACCAGAGAAGAGGCACACCCCUUUAGAAUUUUCAUGGUGGUGAGGGACUUCCUGGUGAUUCUCGAUCGCGUAUGUAAUGAAGUUGGAAUGAUAAAUGAGAGAACGAUGGUGAGUUCUGGACAUAAAUUUCCUGUUCCAGUGAACCCCAUGCUGCAUCCAGGUGGAGGGUUUUCCCAGAGAAUGCAGUUCGGAUCUUCUGAUGAUAGCUCUUAGCACGAGACCCUAUUUUCCCCACUUCGCAAACAAACUUUAUAGAUUUUAGACCAUAUGCAAGCUGAGGUAGUGCAAGAUAAACCACAUUCACAACCUGAAGAAGUGUGUUAGAGUUGGCGUUAUAGAGAUGUUGAAGAUGAAUGAGUAAAUCCACUGCUCAGACGUUGUGUCAUUAUCGUGGCUCAGUAUUCAACACCAUGGAUGAACUUUCAAAUUGCUUGGAACAAGAACAAGAGCAUAUUGGGUUAUAAAGGAACAGGUGUAUGCGGGGCUAUGGUUGCAAGGGCUGGACAGAGACUGUCAUGCUGACGCGGCUGGUCAAAAUUCGGAGGGGCUUAAAGUUGAAAUUCAUGAAUUCCAGGAGUGGCAGAUGAUAGAUCAAGAGGAUGGGGAUCAAAACAAAGAGGUGCACUCUGUGAAGUUAAAGUGUUGAGCCUUAUUAGCCCUUUGCCCCCCCCCUUUCAGUCAUAUUCCCCUCAACGUUUGCUUCAGUUGAAGACAAAUUAUAAAGUUGCCUUCCAACUAACAACAUAACGUGAAUACGUGACCAGUCAUGGAUCUCCUAAUGCCAACAUCUUCAGCACAAGACCCUCUUACUUCCACAAGCAGUAUGUGUGAUCAAAUUCAAUGCAUAUUAACAUAUACGAUAGUACAAUAGUAUUUAGUUGAACACUAGCUUGAACUAUAAAUAUAGCUUGAUUCUAGUGUAAAUGGUGUUUACCUAUGGAGUAGAUUAGUUCUGCUCUAGUGUAAAUAAAAGUUGGUUAAGGACAUAUUUGUGAAUAAUAUCUUUUGAAAAAAUAAAGCAUCCAAAAGUAACCAAAUAAAACUAAUAUGAAAAAUAUUGGAAAAAGUAGGGAAACAUUAUAAAAACUGAAAAACAGUAAAAAUCAAAUAAGAUUUAAAUACACUACACAAGUGAUAGAUGGGAACCUGGUUUUAGAGAGGGCAAAUUAGAAUGAGAGGAUUGGUGUGGAAGUUUGAUUUAUAAUGUUCCCCUCCUUCAAAUCGAAUGCUUUAUAUAUAUGGUGUGAAUUUGUAUCAGUUGAGCUAAACUAUUUUGAGAAUACGGUUUGGAUGUUGCUGCUGCUUUGGAGGUGGCGAAAAGAAAAUUUUCAGUGAAAAAAAUGAGGAAAAAUAGUGGUCCCUGCAAGAUUGGGCUAGGCUUAUCUUCCUAUUCUGAGUUUUUUAGUUCUUCACAAUUGUUUUUUGUGUUGGGGUGUAUUGCUUUAUUUGUAGGGGUUUUGGUCUAGUCCCCCCCUUUGUACCAAUCUUCUCAUUGAAUAAAAUCCUGGUAAAUGCUCCCCGUCAUUUACCCCACUGAUUUUGGUGGUUGGCCUUCCGGGGUAAAAAAAAAAAAUACACUAAAGUAAAAAUAACUUUUACUUUCAUGAAUGAGACCCAAAAAAAAUUUCAAUUGAAAAUAUCCUUAAUUUGAGAUAGCGUUAAGAGUUAAGACAAACUUAUACGUAGUAUUUAGCACUUUCAUUUUAUCAUGUUUCACUUUUUUCUCAUUUUUGGAAUGAUUUGGAAGUUAUUAUAAUUUUUUAACCAAUUUUAUUGAAAUGAUUUCGGGGUGCUUAAAAUAUUUUUAUUCUCUUGUGUUCCACUUUCAUUUCCGUUUAGUACUUGUAGUUAUUAUAUUGAAUUAAAUAAUAUUUAAAGGGUUAUUUUUUCCCUAGCCAUACAAUUAUGUCAUCCUACCAUAUCACCUUCUACAUCAUUACAGAGUACUACUCCCUCCGUUCCCAAAAAUACUUCCCACUUUUCUUUUUGGGCCGUUCCCAAAAAUUCUUCCCACUUUCCCUUUUUGGACAAUUUGUGUGCCUCACAUUCAUUUUACCUUUUUCUCACACAACCACAAUCACACAUUUCCACUUUAUUCCACUUUCUUAAUAGGCGUGCCAAGUCAAACCGGGAAGAAUUUUUAGGAACGGAGGGAGUAAUUUUUUUUCACUCUACUUACUACAACCUUCCAUCUUAUUGACUAUUUUUUGGUUCUCUUUCCAAUUUCAAAUUUUUCAUUUCAUUUGCACACUUUUAUACAAAAUUUAGAAUAAAAUCUUCACACCCUUAUUUAAAGGGAUUGUGUCAACUUCUGAGAGUUCACCAUUGCACAUAGAAUGAAUAUCUUCGAAGUGAUUGUAAUCGACUCUUGGUGUUGUGGAUUUUGAAUUUUGUCUCGUAUAAGACUUUUAGAUUUCUGAUUUUCAUGUCAACAGUACGUAAAUUAAAUAAUUGUUUUAAAUGCAUUAGUUUGGGUAAUAAUAUUAUUAUUUUUAUCAUACAUCAAUCAUAUCUUCAAGAAACACUAAGAUCUAUUAGGGUGUGAUAUUUUCCAAUAAAUAGUUCUACAACGUGUGCACGUUGCCUUUUGAAAAAGUAGAAACCUGGAUUCAUACUAAGAAAACAUCAAAGAUUUGAAUUACAAUACAUGUCCGAGUAUUGCAGGCUUGGAGGUCAGUAAUAUUUGUAAUUAAGAUAAUUGAGUAUGAAGAAUAACCAAACAUUCCAACUCAGUUAGUUGUGAGGUUACCGUGCCUAGUGGGAGGUCUCGAGUUCAAAACCCGCUAGGCACAUAAGGGUUCGAAACUCAAUGGAGUGAGUUUCAGCCCCGAUUACUUCAGGCUCCACCCAGCCCCCUCCCCCAAACCCCUCUGGAGUAAAAAAAUAAAGUACACACACAGACGCGCGCGCACACGCACACAAUUGAUAUGUUACUGGAAAAGUUAUACAUGUAAUCUUGUAUUCUCUGUUAUAGACUUAUAUAUACUAUGAUCCAUAUAAUAAUUUAUGAAAAAUUUAAGUUUUCAAGUAUAGCAAUGUUAUUGAAGCAAUAUGGGUGUAGUUUUAAAACAGAAAAAUGAAUACCAUAGGCUAGGGAAUUCUAUUAUACCUCAACAAUCUAAUUGAGAAGUUUGUGGAUUAGAACUAUUAAACGCAACUUACCUUUAUUUCGAAACGUUUUUUUUGGUGAUACCUUUAUUCCGAAACAUUGACUUAUUGAAUUAAAUGAACUCAGAAGAGGUGGCCCUAGUGGGGGUGGGGGUGGGGCAAAGGCCCUGGGCCCUAAAAAAUGAAAAAAGUUAGGCCCUGGGUAAGUUCUUUAUAAUAGGUGUUAGUAGACUGGUUUUUCAAACCUAAACUAAUAAUUUAUUGGGUGAAAAUUUUUAGGUACUGGGUGAAAUUUUUUAUGAAUGUUUUUGAAAACGUUUUCUAUGAAGUGGGAAUUAUGUUCACAAAAUUUCAGUUUAAAAUUCUAUCUAGAAAUCUAUUAAAUAAAUUAUUUAAAACUACUGUGUUUUUAUGCAUAUUUUGGUCCAAUGUUUUUCCAUAAUUUAUUUAACUAAUUUUCCAAUUGAAUUUAAAGAUGAAGUUUUGUAGAUACAAUUUAAAUUUGAUGAAAAUUAAGCUCACAAUAUUUUGUAAUAAAAUUCGACUUGGAAGCAGAUUUGUCAAAUAUGAUUGUUUGGUUGAUUUAUUAAUUAACUUCAUUCAUACUUUUUUGUUUGAUUUCUUAAUUGUUGAUUGUUAUCUAUUAAGUGUUGUUGUUAUAAUUUGUUGGAUUAAAAGUUUUAACUUUAAUUGAAUUCAUAAACUUAAUUAAUUUCAAGGUGUAAUAGAAGGAAUCUGGAUAGGAAAAAUAAAAGAGAGAACAGAUGAUUAAAAGAAUCUUAAUGAAAAAAUUUGUAUAAGGAAGUCAAAUUAGCUUAUGAAUGUCCUCAUCUAGAUGAGAACUCAAAAAAGAAGAAUGAUAUAACUCAAAAUGAAAUGGCUCAGAGUGGUCACAUCAUUGGUGGGAGAAAAUUAGGAGUUGAUAAUAAAGGAGUUGACUUCUUAAAAUAAGACUAAAGCAUGGGUAAAGUGCACAAAUAAGACCACCAUUUUUUCUUUCCUAAAUAAGAACAACCAAUAUUAUAAUAUUAUUGGUUUUGACAGAAGAUAGUUUUAAUUUUUUUUUUGUUUAAAAUGUAGUGAAAUAUUAUAUUUGUUAUGCAUGUUAUUAGUUUAGACAUAAAAUGAUUUUACAUUUUCUUAGAUUUGGCUCAUUUUAAUUAUUCACUCCUAGGUCUUCAAUCAUAGAGGACUGGCCCUGGAACACGGUGCAUAAAUUCAUACAUGAAUAAAAUCCAUAUUCAUGGUUAUGAAUUGUUUUUAUGAUUAGUUUUUCUCAAUUUGAUCGUUAUCAAUAAAUUAUUAAAUUAGCUUUUGAGGUUUCCUGUAUAAUUUUUAUAAGUCUCUUUUUGCAUUUUAGUACAAAUCAAUCAUGUGUCAUCAUCUCAAUUUUUGGUGACAAAUAAAAAUUAAUUCAUGAAUACUUUUAAAAUAUGAAUGAUUAAGUUCAUAAUAAGCUAAUUACUUUCUUUACGUUUAUCUCACUUCUUCUUGUAUAGUGAUUAUAUAACUUCAUAGUAAGGUAACAUAAUUAACUCCAAAUUCUACUCAUGAAUACUUUCAGGAGAUUUAUUGAAUUCUAAUCUCUAAUGUAUAUAGAGUUCUAAAUUUAAGGAAGGACUGCAUUAAAAAUGUUUUUAAUUGGACCGAAUUUUCUGUCUGAUUUGUCUAAUCUGAUUUGGUCAGGUCAUAUAAUCAGGGCUUAUUUAACUCUUUUUGUCAAAUAGACUUACCUCGUCCAAGUAACAGUUCAAAUGCACCAUUUCAAAACUCAGUUCUAGACAAUAAUCUCUAGUUCAUAUAAUAGUCUUUUAAUUCAAACAUUAGUUUCCACCUACAUUUGAAAGUGCAAACAUAACCCUAGUCUGUGAGCCCGUUUGCAUAAUGAGAAAAUUUUACAAAAAAAAUGUAUAAAACUUUGUUUAAUUAUAAUCAAACAUGACAAUUUUUUUAUAAUUCUUAAUUGUAUUUUUAAAAUUAUUAAUAGAAUUAAUUUUUAUUAUUUUUUAUAUAUGCAAUAUUGGUGUCAUAUGAAAGAUAAUAAAAAGUUAUGAAUUUUGAUAUAUUUUCUGUAACAAUCGAAGUACAAAUAAAAAACUUAUAUCACUUUAAAAUAAAUAUGAGAUUUUAUUUUUUGAAUUAAGAAAUUAAAGUUUUAAUUACGUAGGAUUCUAAAGAUGUUUUUACUUGGACUGUAAUUUGUCCCAGACCAGACCAGACCAGAUCAAUCCAGACCAGACCAGACCAGACCAGUUCAUACCAGAUCAGACCAGACUUGGAUAGUUAUAAAAGUACAAAGAAACCAGACCUUACCAGAUCAUAUCAGACCAGACCAGACCAGCAAAUUACAGUCCAAGUAAAAACAUCCUAAGACAUCUUAGAAUUAACGUAAGAUUAGUUCUACUGUAACAUCAAUUACUUACUAAAGUUACGGAAUUAUAUAAUUAGUAUGCUAAAUUUGCUUAGAAGAUGACACAUGACAAACUUUCUCUAAUUGUAUCUCUCAAAUGUAUGUAUUAUCUAUAGAUAGAUAGAUACUACGUAUUAAGUAUAUUAGUAUAUAUCUGAAUUUACCUAGUACUCCCUCCGUCCCCUUUUAAAUGUUCCGGAAGAGGGUGACACGAGUUUUAAGAAAAGUGGGUUUGUGUGGUUGAUAUUAAUUGAUAAAGUAAGAAUAAAGUAAGAAUGAUUUUUAGCCACACAAACUUUAUCAAAUAAGGUAUGUGACAAUUAAAUAGGGACAUCCCAAUAUGGUAAAACGGGACAUUUAAAAUGGGACGAGGGAGUAUGAAUUUAUAUUCAGUAGAGAGACUCAAACUCACACUUUCUAAUUAAGUUAACCACGAGCAAUUAUUUCAUGGUUUGAUUGAAUAUGAAUAGAGGGUUGGGGCGAAAGUGAUGGUAAUUCCUGCUUCGUGUUGUAAGCGUUUGGAGAAUUGGAUUAUUGGGUUUAUGUGUUCUUAAAAUGGAACAACUAAACAGUGCACUAUUUUCUCAUAUUCUCUCAUUGUUUGAGCGGUUGAGCCUCUCUACUGAAUAGAUUAUUACACAAAAUUGUCUUAAAUAGGAGUAAAAAUGUUUUGAAAUUUCAAAAUAGGACCAUCAUGUUUUUUAAUCCUUGAAUAGGAGUAAUAUGCUAAGUUUGAAAAACAAUGACAUGUUUAAAGCCUAGUAAUGUCAAACUUGGCAAAAAAUUACUCAUAUUCAGGAAAUAAAAAACAUGAUAAUCCUAUUUUGAAAUUUCAAAGCGUUUAAACUCCAAUUUAGGGAAUUCCGAUCCCUCAAUAGAUUAAUGCCGCUCACCCUAUUUAUGAGAAUCUUUAUAUGAUACGUUUAAAGAGAAAAAUGUGAGACGGAGGGACUCCCAGAUAAGAAGAUAAGUGUGAGCAACUUUUGUGUGGGACGGAGGGACUCCCAGAUAAAUAAGCAGCUAGCAUAAAAUGGUGAAGCAAAAAAGAGGUGAGCUGCAUAUAUUCAGUAGAGAGACUCAAACAAUGAAAGAAGACGAGAAAAUAGUGCAUUGUUUAGUUGUUCCAUUUCCAACCCAAGGACACAUAAACCCAAUGAUCCAAUUCUCCAAACGCUUACAACAUGAAGCAGCCAUUGAAAUCACACUUGCCCCAACCCUAUUCAUAUUCAAUGAAACCAUGAAACACCAAAUCCCCUCCACCACUACUUCCUCCCCUUUCACCAUUCACCCCAUCUCAGACGGUUAUGAUGAAGGUGGCUUUGCUUCAGCUGAAAACUUUGAUCAUUACCUGGAAACCUUUAAGAAAGUGGGCUCAAGAACUAUAACAGAGCUAGUUCAGGAGCAAAAGAGCAAAGGGUCACCUGUGGAUUGCAUCAUCUAUGAUGCUUUCAUGCCUUGGGUUCUUGAUGUUGCCAAGAACCUUUCUUUAUUAGGGGCAGUGUUCUUCACAAUGUCUUGUGCAGUGGGAAACAUCUGCUAUCAUGUUAACAGUGGCUUGCUUGACCUUCCAUUGAAGAAAACAGGGGAUGAUGGUGAUGAUAAAUUGUUGCAGCUGCCUGGGUUAGCUCCACUUAUGGCUACAGACUUUCCAUCUUUCAUUUCUGAUUUUGGGUCUUAUCCACCUUUCCUGAAAAUGCUUGUGGAUCAGUUCUCUAAUGUCAAGUCUGCAGACUGGAUCUUCUGCAAUACCAUCCAUGAACUGGAGCAAGGGGAAGUUGAAUGGAUGAGAAAGCAAUUGCCAUUGAAGGCAAUUGGUCCAACCAUACCUUCAAUGUAUGUUGACAAGAGGAUUGAGAAUGACAAAACAUAUGGUCUUAGCAUAUACCAGCCAAGAACUGACAUGUGCAUGAAAUGGCUAAAUGAACGAUCCGAAGGCUCAGUCGUCUACGUGUCCUUCGGGAGCAUGGCGGAGCUAAAAGAGGAGCAAAUGGAGGAGUUAGCAUUAGGACUAAAGAAAAGCAACCACUACUACUUGUGGGUAGUCAGAGCAUCAGAAGAAGCAAAACUUCCAAGAGACUUCUCCACAGAGAAGGGGUUGAUCGUGACGUGGUCCCCACAAUUAGACGUUUUGUCACACGAGGCAGUCGGUUGCUUCGUGACACAUUGCGGUUGGAACUCGACUCUGGAAGCAUUGACACUAGGUGUGGCUAUGGUGGCCAUUUCGGUGUGGACCGACCAAGGAACUAAUGCAAAGUAUGUGAGUGAUGUUUGGGAAAUAGGAAUAAGGGCUAAGAAGGAUGAGAGGGGGAUUGUUGUGAAAGGUGAGGUGGAGAGGUGUGUGAGAGAAGUGAUGGAAGGAGAAAGGGGUAAAGAGAUUAGAAGAAAUGCUGCCAAUUGGAAAGGGAUCAUUAGAAAGGCUAUUAAUGAAAAUGGAAGUUCUGAUAUGAAUAUUAAGGAGUUCAUUGCUGAAUUGUCUCAAUCUAAGUUGGAGAAGUUAGCACAUUAAUGCUCCAACCUCUACCCCAAAUGAUCAUUUGUUUAAUUAGGAGAGACCAUACAAGACUUCCCUUAAAGGAAUCUCGCCCAAAUGAAUAGCUACAUUGCCUUCUACCUCUAGUAUACAUAAUAAUACAUUUGGAAAUGUUAUCCCCCCACUCUAAGCCAACUAUGUGUAAAAUCUAUCUUUAAUAAUAUUAAUAAAGUUCCUAAAAUGAUUGUCCCACUUUAUUUGAAAAAUCUAUCUUUAAUAAUAUUAAUAAAGUUUACGAGUAUAAUUAUAAUUAUUUCA